GUAAACAGACCUCCAGGAUGUUGCGAGGCGCGAAGUUUUAGCCCUAAAUGUUAGGUUACGACACUAAUAAGUGUGAUACAAAAGCUCAUUAUAGAUAAUUUAUAGAGUUAAAAGGUGAUUAGAGUCAGCGCAGCGAACAUUUUAGCAUUGUAACAUUUUAACGGCAGCUGAGAGGCUGCUGAACGCGAUGGUGUCUGUGCUACGGUAAGCUAGCAUGCUAAGCUAAGUGGCUACCGCGAGCUCCUCCGGACAUGUCAGCCGGAGCAGGAGCCGCUUCUGGCGGCUCUCUGGAGUCCACUCUGGAUAGGAAGUUCCAGGGUGUUUCCAACACUAUGGACUCAAUUCAAGGACUGUCAACGUGGUGCAUCGAUAACAAGAGGUACCACAGCCUGAUUGUACGACACUGGAUGAGGAUUUUGAGGAAAUCUGAUGCCUCACACAGACUCAACCUUUUUUACGUCGCCAAUGAUGUCAUUCAGACCUGUAAAAGGAAAAACGCCAUUGUUUACCGCACAGCAUUCGCAGAGAUUCUCCCUGAGGCCUUCUUGCUGGUCAACAACGAAGGUGACCCCAAGGUAAUUAAAUCGGUGGAGAGGAUACUGUCCAUCUGGGAGGACAGAGGAGUGUAUUCAGGGACACUCAUUACUGAGCUGAGGAGUAGCUUAGUCAAAGAGGAGUCCCCUCCUGUGACACCCGCGGAGCAAAAGACUCCAGGGGAGUCUAAAGCAGAUCUACAGUCCAAGGUUGUUGCUGAGUUUGUGCCCCAGGCACUUAUCGACGAACUGUCCAAGUAUAAGAGAUCUCUGGACGAGGUGGACCUGAGAGAAAAACAGCUGGCAGCGAUGAGGAUUAACAUCUGCAGUUCUGAUGCCCUCAAGAGACUCAAAGAUAAGGCUGGGGGAAAGAAAUUCUCCAAGGACUUUGAGGAAGGAAGUGCGCAACUGCAGGAGUUUGUCAAGUUCUUUGACAAACAAAUCAAAACGGGGCCUCCUCUCAUGGAGGCCCUCAGCAACGCAGAUAUCUUCUACGAGAUGCAGUACAAGGAGGUCAAGAUUGUUGCUAAUGCUUACCAGACGUUUGCCAACCGGGUUGCCCACCUGAAGCGUAAACUGGACACUCUGAAGGCCACCUUGCCAGACCUGGACGAUUCACCCAUCCCCUCGCCCUCUGCAGACGCACCGUCUCCAACAGGCUCAGAGUCCCCUUUCCAUGGUAUGGAUAUGGCCGAUCCUGAUCCUGAUCCCGAUCUUGAUGGCUCUGCUAUGGAAGACGAAGCGGAGCCGCCGGCCCCGAGCCCUCUGUCCUCACCCGGAGCAUCCCCUAAACACACGGAGACUGUCGGGCAGAAUGACAACCGUGACGUGGAAGACAUGGAUCUCUCUGAGGAAGAAAUGGACAGCGGUGGUAUUAUAGUUGAGGAGAGGAUGGAAAGUCUCGCCCCCCCAAAGGUGUCCACUUCAAAAACGGAGCCAUCAGUGUCAACAGAGCAGCCCGUCACGCAGGUCACUUGUGGCCCCCCUGUGGCGGCUCCUGUGGCGGCUCCUGUAGCAGCAGCGGUGGGAAGCAUUGACCUCGGUAAAAUUGGCUCCCUCCUCACCAGUUUUUCGAUCAAGAAGAACACAGGACCAGUAGUGGAGAGUCCUCCUGCAGCUGCCCCUGCUCGCUCCUCAGUUAAGACAACACUUGCCUCUGUAGCCUCUCAGGAUGCCAGUUCGUUGGUAAGCCUUCUCUCCAAGGUGGACGUGAGCCCCGCAGACCUCCUCGGUGCUCUCUCCAAAGUCCAGAGCCAAGGCGGCCUUGAGGGCAUCACGUCUCUUCUGAGCAGCCCAGCUGCAAAUGUCUCCUCUGACUCCUCCAGUUCAGGCAAGAUCCCUCCCUCUCCCUUACCCACAUCUGCAUCAGCAGGGCCCUCUCAGAGCCUGUCUCUCUCCUCUGUCGCACCUGUGCCUUCUUCACACAGCUCCACUGUAAGACAGAGCACAAGCUCCCUAGCCCCCACUCAGACUCCCAACCCAGCCUCAGCCCUGGUCCAGGCUCUCCACAGAGACAUGGAUUUGACAACAGAGCCAGAACCGUCCCCGUCUUCAGAGAGUUUAGAGUCUAAAAUCCACAGCUUCCUGCAGGGGAACCGUGCUUUCAGUGCGUUCAGCCUUGGUCUUUCCACAAACCCAGCACUUGGAGAGGACAACAGUCCAGUAAUUGGGACAGACACCCAGGGUGGGACCCCAGUGCGGGAUGAGGGCGGAGGAACCCCAACUCAAGAUGAGAUUAUGGACAAGCCGGUGGUGGUCCCAUUCACGUCCAACACAAAUCAGCCAUUGUUUGGAGAAAAUGUCGAAACGGGUUCUCUCGUAUACCAGAACCGCGGUCAGCAGAACCUCAACAAUCCCCAACAGCAAGCUCACGUGCAGCCGAGCAUGCCUCAGAACGGGCAGAUCUACCAGCCGUACACAUACGGCAAACACGAGAUGUCAGAGCAUGAGAUUACUGCGCCUGUUGCACAUUACCAGCAGAUUUCUGCUCAAACAGGAGGGCCAGUGCCUGGAGAAAGAGCCCCGGGCAGCGCCAGUAGCACACAGACAAUAGAAGGCUUUCAGGGGGUGAGUGAGAGGGGUUGGUACGCUGACGCUUACCCAGAGGGGAGCUCCCAGCAACCCAGAGGCUACAGCGUGACAGCGCCUGGAGGGGCUGCAGAAAAUAAGACCUCAGGACUUCAUCCGUACCAAACAGAGAGAUUUCAGGAACCUCAAGAUUUGGCCUCCCAGCAGGGCGCCACCGCGUCUCCUGGCAUCCUCAGAAGCAACCUUCCUCCUAUCCCAAGGUUGUUCCCUCCACCUCCUCAUGUCUUUGACGCGCCCCCUUCAGCGCCCAGCAGUAUGAUGAUGCCACCAGAGCAGCAGCCGUCGCAGCAGCCGUUGCCUAGCCCGGGCUCGGGGGAGGUGAUCGGGACCAGAGGCAACAGCGUCAUCAGUGGGAUGGUGGUCCACGACCAUCAGCACAAAUCCAUGUUUCCUCCUGAUGAUGCGCCGUAUGAUCGUGACCGAGCUCGUCCUCCUCACCCCGAGCUUUUCCGCCCUCCCCCAGAUGACCCGCGCUACCAGGACGAGCUCCGUCACCGUGAUGCCCGUUUCUUUCAAGACGACCCUUACCGCCACCCGGACGAUCCAUAUCGCAGGCCAGGCAGCCCUCCACACCACUUCCCAAGAAUCCGAGGCCGCCCCACGCCUCCUCGCUCACCCUCUGAUGACCCUUACUACGCCCAAGACUACAAGCGGCACAGCCCUCCUCUUCCUCCACACUACGCUCCAAGGAGACCACCACCGCCAUCUAAUUUUGAAAUUCGCCAUCCGGGUCCACGGCCUCUACAUCGACCUCUGCACCCAGCACACCACCCACAACCCAGAGCGCCGCCCCCACGUGCACCAUUUCCUCAUUUCCACGGCCCUGAUCCGAGGUUAAGAGGCAAACGUCCAGGUCCAAGAGGAGGCGGGAACCCUGGUCCAAUGUUCCCCCCGAAAAGACCCUUUCCACCCCCGCGGUACUGACUGCUUAUGUAGCUUUGAGCUCUUCAUCACUGUGGUGUCAUGAAGUCAGAGGCAGCGCUUUUAAGACUGUUGGUGCACACCCUGUCAGGAGAAACCUGUGAAAAAUCUGGGUGGAUAAAAGCGCAGGAACAGAGGCGGGCACCGGGAGACGAGUGUGAAUUAAUUCAGCAGCUACCUGAGGAAAAUGUGACCGGCGACGAAUAAAGGAUGGUGGAGGAGAACAAGAGACAACACCAGGAGAUGUGAGAGAAAUCAGAGGCUCUGAGAGGGGCUGCUGAGCUGAAGAGUGAAGACAGAAGAUUAAAGAAAAUAAGAGGUGGAUAUAUAUAUAAUUCACUUUUUUUUGUGUUAUUUGCUCCAGUACGAAGCAUUGCAUUAAAUAUGUAAUUGGGCAGUCAGUUUGAUAAAGGUCAGAGUGUGUGCAUGGUGUGCGUGUGUGCAUGCGCUCAAGUGUAAGUUUGAAUCUAAUGAGUUAUUUUUGCUAAGAAAGUAACAAAAGAAUGUAGCUGGAGCAAUGUUUCUGCUGUUAUUUAGUUUCUCGGUGAGCAGUUUUUACUGCUUCUCUUCACAUCAGCAGCUUCCCGGUAGCUUUUGGUGAAACAUCCAGUUUAAAUUAAAUCACUUUGGUUAUGAAAAACAGAGUGUAUGCUAUAGAAUUUAUGUUCCUCCUACUCGUUAGCAUAUUUAGGGAAAUUAUUUUGUCACUACUCAAACUGCGGUUGUUAUAUAUUUGUGAAGCGAUGCCUUCUCCAGCAGCGCGUGAGAUCCCUCCGGCGAUAAUUUUUUUACGUCUCGUUAAGUUCCUUGAAGAAGAGCGGCACAUGUCUACUCAAAAGGGAGAAAGAGGUGUGAAAGUUUUGGUUUUUUUUUCCCUGCCUCCCAACACCGAGCCAGAAGAAGUGCAUUUUCGGCGGGGAUGAAGAUACUCGUCUUCGGUUUCGUUUUACUUGUACUGACUAAUAAAAUCUGAGUUUAAAAAAAA